UUUUAUCAUACACUGAUCGCUUCUCGUUAAUUCUAGGACACCCUGUAUGCUGUAACUUAAAAGAAAGAGAGAGACGAAGAGACGGGAGGUAGAGAAAGACGGAGAGAAGGGAAACAGCGAAAGUGCAGCCGAAACGAAGAGAAGAGAGGCUCGAGGUUCUCGUUCUCGUACGUGCGACAGUUUGCGGCAGCCAUCAGCGGUUAUGGACUGAUCAUCGGUCGCUCUCGCGGUGUUGCGGGCAGCGCUCCGUUUCUUUUUUGUUUUCCCUUAUUUUAAGUUGCAUCCGCGAGAGCGUUUUGCUCCGUCGGAUUCCCCGGAGUUUUCGUGCACGCUGAUCCGAUCGGGGAUCCGCGACGCGAUAUGGCCGCGUUCGAUCUUCCAUGCUUUUCGCCGUUUGUAUUGGUGGUCACGUUAUUCGUCGUAACGAUAACCUCGUCUAUCAACGCCGCAACAGCUGGUACGUCCUUGGAAUCAUCGAUGCCCAGUCGCGGUUCUCUGACCGAACCACUGUCGUCGACGGUCGAGCCUCCCAAUGCAACGGGUGACAAGAAAGCGUUGGUGCGGUAUUCUAGUGUAGCAGAAGGAGGACCUAUAAUAACGCCUCAACGUGGAAUUACAACUGAAUCCAACAAGCUUGACGAAACCAGAGCAAGAGAGAGUGCGCCUAAGGAGAGACAUGCUACUUCUUCUGUGGUUGCAAGGAAAGGAGUUGAAGAAAAAAUAAAACCGAGGAAGGGAGUUUCAGAACUUCCAGAGAUAGCACCUACGAAAGGUAUAGAUCAGAAUAUGGACCCAGAGAAGGAAAAUGUAUUAUUUAAUCAGACCACUUUGGAAAAUAUGAACUUACCUAUAACGGAAAGUAGUCCUGCGAUAGAAACAGCUCAUAUCAAAUCUGAAACUUCCAACGUUAGCCUCCCAAAAUUAAAUAUCACUAAUCCACGCUCUGAUGACAGCUUAAAUCACCGUAUAAACUUCAAUUACUCUAAUACAAGUAUACCGGCAAAUGGGACUGUAGCUCAUCUAGACAUUAUGAAUAAUGUGACGACGAAGACAUCUUUACAUGUUGAAAAGCAUAUACCGAAGCCUAAACCAACGGUAACGACUGUUGGCGGGCCAGAAAUUAAUGAAUCUAUACCGCUCCUACGAACAAAAAAUCCUCCAUUAGGCAUGCCAAGAAAAAUCGACUACAUUGUGCCAGUUAUUAUAACAAUUGUCGCUUUACCGAUAUUAGGUGCUGCGAUUUUUGUAUUAUAUAGGCGCGGUCGAGAUUGCUGGGAUAAGAGGCACUAUCGAAGGAUGGAUUUUUUGAUCGACGGAAUGUAUAAUGACUGAUACUCAUAUGAAAAGAAGUUUGUUCCAUGAGAUUAAAUGCACGUUAUGCAAGAAGCAAUCAAUCGCCAAUUUCCGCGUUCUUCCAUUUGCAAAUGCAAAUUUUAUGUAUGUUUUUCAAAAUAGCUAAUUAACGAUGUACUUCGCAUUGAUUUUUUCUUACAUAACGAUAUAAAUGUCCAAACGAUACCUAUCAGAAUAUAUCAAAAAU